AUAAGAACUGCAAUAUAACGGAAAUAAUGAUAAGAAAAAUUAAUUCAAAUUUUAUUGAAUAUUCAAAUAUGAAGUCUUUCAAAAAAGUGCUGGCACCAAUUUGAGUCAAGUGUUUGUAUACAGGGCACAACAACUGAUCUCUCUAAAAGACACCGGAAAGUCGUCACCAACACAAGAUUUGUUCUACCUUAAUAUAGCCUUGCCACCUUUAGUGAGGAGAGUUGUUUUGUGGAGAAGAAGGUGGAAAUCUUCUCUUGACAAUGUUAAGGCUCGCAUGAAUCGUGUAUUCACCAAAACAGUUAUAGCUAUCUAGAUAAUGACAAUUUAUUGUUUUACGGAUUUUUGCUUGGAAAAUGGUUGAGCGAAUAUCUACGGAACUAAGUCUCGAACAAUUUCAAGAAAGAUACCUUCGUUUAAACAAACCCUGUGUGUUCUCUGGAAAGUUCACAAAGGGGUGGCGCAGUAGAAUUGAAUGGGUAAAAGAUGGGAAGCCCAAUGCCAAAUACUUGUCUGAUAAUUUUGUUGUAGAUGACAGAUUGCUUUAUUUAAAAGACUGGCAUUUUCAGAGAGAAUAUCCUGAUUACAGAGCUUAUGAAGUUUUAGAAUAUUUUCAAGCCGAUUGGUUGAAUGAGUGGUAUGAUCAAAACACAUCAACAACUGAUGACUACAGAUUUGUUUAUAUGGGGCCUAAAGGUACAUGGACAUCAUUUCAUGCUGAUGUACUGAGAUCUUAUAGUUGGUCUGCAAAUAUAUGUGGUAAAAAGAAGUGGUUAAUAUUCCCUCCUGGAGAAGAGGAGAAUCUGAAAGACUUGAAUGGCAAUUUGCCAUUUGAUGUUACCUGUAAUGAACUGAGUGAUAAUAAGAAAUAUCCUAAGUUUCACAAGGCAGUGAAACCAAUUGAAAUUAUCCAGGAGGAGGGUGAAAUUGUCUUUAUUCCAAGCUGCUGGCAUCAUCAAGUUCAUAAUUUGGACCAUACUAUUUCAAUAAACCACAACUGGACAAAUGCAUAUGGAAUAAAUUUUGUGUUUCAACACCUUAAAGCAGAACUUCUUUUGGUGGAGAAGGAAAUAUCAGAAUUCAGAGGAACAGAUGGGUGGGUUGACCAAUGCCAGUUAUUACUCAAAUGCACUGCUGGGUUAGAUUACGAACAGUUUAUCAAGAUGUUGGUUGAUCUCAUGGAGCCUCGGUUUACAAUUCUAAAGUCGUUUACAAGGUUGAAGGAGAAUGCUGACAGAAGGAGUGAGACUGAUCAUCGUGAGUCAAUGGAAGUAAUAGAGGCUUGGUUCCGGCGAUUGAAAAUCACGUGUAUUCCAGGAGAGCAUUUAAAAAUCAGCAAGGAAACACUUUCUGAGCCCGUGGGUUUGCUGUUUGAGCAGGAAGAUAUCAAGUGUAAAAUGAAGAAUGUAAUUUUUGACCUUGAACAACUCGUAGAAGCAUUUCACUCGACGUACCUUGAAAUAGCUAACGACGAAAUCGUCAGUCGGAUGAAUGGAUUCGUAAAUUAUGUUAAAGAAGUUUCCAGUUUUGUAGAAAGGUAUUGUAAAUAAUAGAAUUUUUGUAAGAUGAAGUUUUCCUCUGGACA